AUGUAUCUAUGUCUAUCUAUCUAUCUAUCUAUCUAUCUAUCUAUCUAUCUAUCUAUCUUAUUAAUUCGGUUCUUUCACCAAUUCUUCUCUUCCAAAAGCUCUUUACACCUUUUCUCUUUUUUGUUUAUAACCGCUUUUUUUCUGCUGCUUUUCACUUUUCAAACCGAUUGUUUAUUUAAGUUCCCUGCACUCGGAGAUGGCAGAAAGAAAUCGACGAAAAUACUGGCCAGGCUUUUCUUUCAUCUUUAUUUAUACACACACAUUCGUAUUUUGUUCGUUUCUUCGGCUCUCUCCCUUUAUCUUUAUUCAUUUUGUAUCCCUAACGUUAAUCCUUCUUUCUUUCUUUCUUUCUUUAUUUAUUUAUCUAUUUUCUUUCUUUCUUUCUUUCUUUCUUUCUUUCUCUGCUUUUCUUUCUUUCUCUCCCAAUUUUUUCAUUCCUUCUAUCUGCGCUGUUUUUUUUUCUUUCUCAGCUUUUGUUUGUUUCUUUCUCUGUUUUUUUUUUUUUCUUUCUUCCUUCCUUUCUUUGUUUCUUUAUUUCUCAUCCUUUUCGUGCUUUCUUUCUUUCUCUGUUUUUUUUCUUUCUCUUCUUUUGUUCUUUCGUUUGUUUUUCUUGCUUUGUGGCUCACUUUUGCUCACGUUUUUCUUUCUUUUCUUUUUUCUUUCUUUAUUUCUUUCUUUCUUUCCGUUCUUUCUUUCUCUGCAGAAACUUAUCUCCCUUGCUACUUGAUUGUAUCUCUCUCUUGGAUCUCCUUCUGGAUCAACAGAGAUGCAGCACCAGCACGAGUCCUUCUUGUUUACCUCACAAAUACAUUUAAAGCAGUCUUGCCUUUCUUUUCUUUCUUUCUUUUUCUUCUUCUUCUUCUUCUUCUUCUUCUUCUUCUUCUUCUUCUUCUUCUUCUAUUACACCCAACGUCGUGCGUUUGA